AUGACGCCUUUGAAUGAUUCACCUGUUGCCGAUGGAGUGCCGACUGUCGAGGGCGAGGUGAAGCUGCAUAUGAUUUCUAAAGGAGCUGGAAUGAAGAUGAUGUCCCUAUCGGAAGUUCUCCUCCGUUUUGAACACGACGAUGAGUGGCACGAGUUGCAGCUCUCCCCUGCCAUUGGUUUUCAGAACAACAUGUUAGCCAUUAACAGCUUGGGUGGUGUAGAGGAAGAGGUCAUAUUAUCAGGUCGCUCAGACCUAUCUAGGUUCCGCUUGGCUGGGCUUACCAAACCGGUGUGCGAGAUUGGUCCGGCUAGGAUCAUAAUACGUACACCAUCGAGGGAGGAUGCAAACAACGGAGAAACUCUAUCGCUGGACGGCAAGAAAAUUGCCGUGGGAACGGUUGUAAGUGAAAACUGUGGAUUUAAAAUCAGUAUGACUUUGCGGGAGAUCGAUGUGAAAAGGCUGGGCCGAAAGGUCAUCAACUACUCUAUUCUGAAUAAUAUCAUAACUAUAUUGCAAAUACGUUUUUUCCUGUUGCAAAUGCAGCACGGGGAAAACAACAAUGGUCACGCUAAAGUGUCGUUGUUAUGUAUUGGUAUCCAAGCGCUGAUGGAUGCCUAUGACUCCCUUAUACAUCUAUUUAUGGGACUAUCGGCUCAAUUCAUGUUCAACACUUUCUCAGUUGUCGCUUUGUUCAAGUUCAUUCUGUUCAGCAUGUUAGAGGUGCGGUAUCUUCUACUUAUUUGGCGUAGUCGUCGACAGAAUCAGUUCAACGAGGGAGGGAUGGAGUCGAUUCGCCGAGAACUCAGCUGGCUGUAUUCUCGCUUUUACGGCGCUCUGUUGGUUGGCAUGGUAAUUCUGUAUAACUUCUAUGAGUACUUAAAUGUCCUCAUUAUCAUCAUGCAGUGUUACUGGGUGCCUCAGAUCGUGUAUAAUAUAGUGCGAGGGCAUAAGAAACCGUUACUAUGGCGGUUUAUAGUGGGCAUCUCUAUAACAAGGAUGAUAGUCCCAUUGUAUGCUCUGGCCUGUCCAUACACUAUCUUCAAUGGCGAGGUGUACCCAGCAUUAGCAUCAGCACCGAGCACGGCAGAAGCCACACUCAUAGUGUGUUUGCAAGUAGCCCAAGUUGCUAUACUGUGGGCUCAGGCCAGAUUUGGCCCGAGGUCAUUCGUCCCUUGGAUCUGCCUACCGCAUGUCUACAACUACUACAGAGCGGUCCCGCCCGUGCAGGAUGAGGAGCUCGGGGCUCCGGAAUGCGUCAUUUGCAUGAACGAUAUCGACCUGUCAGAGACACAUGAUCCUGAGUUGCGGCCUGUCAUCACUCCAUGUGAUCAUAUAUUCCACGCUGGUUGUCUUGAGCAGUGGAUGGAUGUCAAAAUGGAGUGCCCGACAUGUCGUGGAGAAUUACCCGCAAUGACGUGA